AGGGCGACCAGGCUCCCCGUGGCACGUGUCGCGGGUCUCGUAUAAAACGGAAGCAGCCGCCUUAGACUGCGCACUCAGGCUCAAGAAGCAUCACCCGUGAGGUAACUCCAAACUCUCAACUGCAGCAACAAUGUCAGACCUCUGUGUUGGAAUCAAUGGCUUCGGUCGUAUUGGCCGCCUGGUUUUGAGGGCUUGCCUUCAAAAAGGCAUCAGGGUUGUGGCCAUCAAUGACCCCUUCAUUGACCUGCAUUACAUGGUCUACAUGUUCAAGUACGAUUCCACCCACGGCCGGUACCCCGGGGAUGUGUGUCAUGAAGAUGGCAAGCUCAUUGUUGAUGGCAAGCCAAUCUCUGUGUUCCAGAGCAUGAAGCCAGCAGAGAUCCCCUGGGGCAGUGCUGGAGCCAAAUAUGUUGUUGAGUCCACUGGAGUCUUCCUGAGUGUGGAAAAGGCCUCUUCUCACAUCCAAGGUGGAGCUAAGCGUGUAGUUGUGUCUGCUCCCUCACCUGAUGCUCCAAUGUUUGUCAUGGGAGUUAACGAGGACAAAUAUGACCCCUCAACCAUGACCAUUGUCAGCAAUGCCUCCUGCACCACCAACUGCCUGGCCCCCCUGGCUAAAGUCAUUCAUGAUAACUUUGGCAUUGAGGAAGCCCUUAUGACCACAGUCCAUGCUUACACUGCCACCCAGAAGACAGUGGAUGGUCCCAGCGCUAAGGCCUGGCGCGAUGGCCGUGGUGCUCACCAGAACAUCAUUCCAGCCUCUACUGGCGCUGCCAAGGCUGUAGGCAAAGUCAUCCCUGAACUCAACGGUAAGCUGACCGGCAUGGCCUUCAGGGUGCCAGUGGCCGAUGUGUCCGUGGUUGACCUGACUUGCCGUCUGACCAAGCCUGCGUCCUACGCUGAGAUUAAGGAUGCUGUCAAGAAGGCCGCACAGGGUUCCAUGAAGGGAGUGCUGGGUUACACUGAGGACCAGGUGGUGUCCUCUGACUUCAUUGGUGACACCCAUUCUUCCAUCUUUGAUGCUGGUGCUGGCAUUUCCCUCAACGACAACUUUGUCAAGCUCAUUUCCUGGUAUGACAACGAGUUCGGCUACAGCCACCGUGUCGCUGACCUGCUGCUGCACAUGCACUCCAAGGAGUAAACACUUCCUGGCCACAGAACACGUCAGGACUGGGACCACCCCAAUCAUUCUCCCAUCCUUCCCUCCUCUUUUAAACACAAGCCCUACCCAUAGCCAAGUCAUAGCAUCACGGCCCCUAGCGCUACUUCAGUAUACUGUACGUACAGUAGCAGCAAAAAUGUCUCUUGAGUGUUUUUAGUUCAUCUGUUUUUUCAUUUAACAAUGAGAAGACUGGUUGGUGACAUUAUUUGUGUCUGUGUGCCCCCUCUCCAUCUCCCACCGCCACUUUAGAUGUGUUAUUAUGGCUCAGUACUAUGGUAACUACUGAAUCCAUCUACCUGUUGGUGUGUUUUAAAGAGUUUAUCACCAGUAGAAGGAGGAAGAUUAAAGGCAGAGCUACUGUUACUCUGCUGAAGAGUUGUGAGACAAAGAAAUAAAGUUUAAAAAACC